CAACUAACCCACCAAUGGUCACCUGCCAUCCAGAGGGCAUGAUUGUGAAAACUGAAUGGGCUAUUCCACUCUCGAGAAUAAAAAUAAAUGGAUGGGCUGUACACUUUUGAAUUGGCUGGUGAAGGAGAAACUAAGGUUUCUUGUCCAUCAGUGGCCCCAGGUCUAUCUCAACCUACAAAAAGCCCAACACAGGAACCACUGGAACCCCUGAACAUAGGCUUGUAUCCCUCAUACCCAUUCCAUCAUUCACCUUUAAGUCCCGCCAAACCUGUGGUACCUCACAACCCCAAGCCUGUUCGACAUCCGUUCCAAAUUGAAGCAGUUCCUGCUCAUGUACGGCAGCCAGUGUACUCUCUCUUUCCUGUACCACGGCCUGAAACUAAACCAAACGAUAAGCUCACACCUCAUCUACAGCCUCUCCAAGCACAAACUCCUGAUACUCCAUCUUAUCUCUUCCCCUAUCCAUUUUAUACUACACCUGCGCCUGUAGCAAACCCUGUCCAAAAGCCCACACCUGCUCCACAGCCGCAUCGACCCGAAGUACCUCCAGGUCAUGUGGAGAAGCCAUAUUAUCACUUCUUGCCUGAAAAUAAACCAAGCAAAGAUACAAAGUCUGUUCCUUCUCUGAACCCCCCCAAGACGCAACAACCUGAAGUCCCUUCUGGUAAUUUGGAGGAGCCAUAUUAUCCCUUCUUGCCAAAGCCACAUCCUGAAUAUAACCCAAGCAAGGAUAUUAAGACAGUUCCUUCUGCACACACCCCAAAGCGUCAACAACCAGAAUUCCCUGGUCAUGUGAAGCCAUAUUAUCCCUUCUUGCCAAAUCCACAGGCUGAAUUCACACCGCAAAAUAAACCAAGCAAAAACGCCAAGAAAGCUCCUUCUCCACAACCCCCCAAGCCACAACCACCUGAUGUCCCUUCAGGUUAUUUGCAGAAACCAUAUUACUCAUUCUUACCAAAUUCACAGACUGAAAAUAAACAAAGCACAGAUACCAAGACGGUUCCUUCUCCACAACAAGCUGAGGUUCAACCAGGUCAAGGUGCACAGCCAGCUUCCCCUAACCAACCUCUGCAAACCCCUAAAGCCAAGCCUACACUUUCUCCACAGCUCACACAGCCACAAAACCCAGAGGCUCCAACAGUUCGAGCUGGGCAACCACUCUAUCCCUACCUCUCUUCAUUUUUCCCAGACCCUGAUAAUGAACCCCAGCCAUCCCAACCAGAAGAACCUGAGAAACCACCAGGCAAAGUGCAACAGCCAGUCAAUUAUUUUCCUUCAAACCCCAUGCUAGGACCUGGACCUAAACCAAAUGACAAGCACAUGACUGCUUCACAACAGCCUAAUGACCCUCUGGAUCAAAUAGAGCAGCCAACCCAUCCACACACCUAUCCACUUUACCCUUUGCCCAGACCUAAAGAACCCACCAAAACAACGCCUAAUCCACAAAAGCCUGAGGUUACGCCAGGUCAAAUACAGCAGCCACCCAAUCCAUACUUCUACCCACUUAAUUCUACACCCAGACCAAAAGAACCCACCAGAAAACCAAUGCCAAAGCCCAAGAUCACUACAGGGCCAGUGCAGCAGCCACCCAAUCCAUACACCUACCCAUUUUACCCUAUGCUCAGUCCUAAAGAACCCACCGAAAAGCCAUUGCCUCAUCCAUACAAUCCUGAGGUUCCUUCAAGUCCAGUGGAGCAGCCAACCGACCCAUACCCCUAUCCACUUUACCCUAUACCUAAAGAACCAGCCAAAAAGCCAAUGCUGGAGCUAUGGCCAUUCAAACCACAAAUACCUGAAGUCCCUCCUGGAUCAGUGAAGCAACCAACCGAUCCAUACCCCUAUCCACUUUACCCUAAGCCAGGUCUUAAACAACCAGCCAAAAAGCCCAUGCCAAAUCCAUGGCUAUUCAAACCACAACAGCCCAAGUUCCCUCCUGGACAAGUGAAGCAGCCAGCUGAUCCAUACCACUUUCCACCUUACCCUAGGCCCAGCCCUAAAAAAACAGCCAAGAAGCCAGUGCCAGAUCCAUGGACAUUUAAAUCACAAGACCCUGAGGCCCCACAGAGUCAUGUGGCGUGGCCAGUCUACCCCUUGUGGCAUCAAAACAAACCAGUUGCCAAGCCUGUACAGCACCCCCAAACACCCGUAUUCCCUCCAAGUCUGGUCUCACAGCCGCACAAUCCCUACCUGGUUUACCCUGUUCCCAGCCUAGGAGAAUUGCCCAAAAAGCCAAUGACUUUUCCACAGCCACCAGACUCAAAACAACCUGAAGUCCCUGGCCCUGUGCAGCAACCAGCUUAUCCCUACUAUCCAAUUAAUGUUGGACCAGUUAAAAGUUCACCUGCUCCACUGAAACCUGAGGUCCCUGGGAAUGUCUAUUGGCCUUUGAAACCUCAAACACCAGUAAAACAUAUUUCAACACAUCUUUUUAAACAUACCACUCAGAAGCCUGCAGAAGGUGAAAAACUUUCACCCAUCCAGUCACCGGAGAGUAAGAUGCCUCCUCCACAAUGGGAGCAUAAUGUAACAUUACCCCCAGCCAAGGAACCACAACAGGCUACUCCACUCCUGCAGUCCACUAACGGUGCUGUGGUCCCCCAGGGUUCAGCAAGUGGUUGCUUUCAAAUUUGUGCUGUUGGUUUUUCAAAUUGCUGCCCACAAAUUACUUUGCAUCAGCAUCUGUAUCUUUCCUCUCCUGGACCAGCUGAUAAAGUGACACAUAAAUUUCCAUUUCUUGCUUCAAUGGCCUAUUAUGGACCUAGAAAUGGCAUGGGUUAUAAAAAAAAACCUGAAAAAAAUCCUGAGAAAAAUGUAGACUCUGUUCCAAAUGAAAAGCAACCAUAUCACCAGUCAUCAGGUAGCAAUACUGCUUCAUUACUUGGAAGUAUUCCCAACAAGGUAGCAGCUCCUGAAAGACCAAGUUACCCUUAUUUGGCUUUUAAACCUAAUUCACAGUAUUCCAGGUGGCUGUAUGAGAAUAGUCCAAAUUUAGCACCAAGCCAAUUAUCACCACAAGUUAUGCCCUUCAGGGUUCAGAAUCGAUUUUACAGCCCUUUAUUUACCCCUGUAAAUCAAGAGGCACAAAAUGAGCACCCAAAGACUCAAAACUACCAACAUUUACCUAGAGUCAUAAAUUAUCCAUCUGGUCUGAAUGCCAGGUCGAAUAUCGACCAGUAUCUUCAACAGCACAACCCAAAUCGUAUGCCAAUACCUAGGGAAUUCUCAUAUGGAUCUGACAGACCUUCCCGUUCUGAAGUCCAGGACGGGCUUAGCCCUUUGCUUCCUUACUCCAUGCUUAAUGAUGCUGAAGCAACAAAAAACACUUCAUUCCUGCAGAAUUUGCCACAAUCGUCACAUUGGAAUAAACCCAAAAAAUCCUCCAAACGUGAUCAGACUGACCAUUCUUCUGACCCAAAAGGAUACGUACUCCUUCAGCGUGGCCCACCAGGUAAAGCACCAAGGUGGUCUGUGAAGUCCAAAAAUUUCAAGGUUGGCGUUCAUGACCAAAAUGUCCCGGUCCAACAUUUUGCAAGGCACCAGCAUGUUAACACCUGGAAUAGGAAAGCUCUGCUUGGUAAAGGAUUGACCGAGUCUUCAAGAAAUCACUUUAAACUAAAAAAAACUCAAACAAAUGCACCGCUUGUUCUUGGACCAAAAUAGAGUUCAACAAACAUGGGUUGGACUGUAACAAGCUGAGAUGAAUUGCAUUAAUUGCAAAUAAACUAUUGACUUUA